AUGCCUUGAAUCAGGAGCAGCAAGCCAAGAGUGCUUCAGCAGCUCGGCUUGUCGUACCCUCUUGCAUCACCCGGCCUUCAUGAUCACAACCUAAGGAUAAGACAAAAUGACGGACACAGCGGCGCAUAAUGAGACUGAGACUGCUCCUCCAAAGGACCAGCAGUUCCCAGUCAAAUGGUACAGGUCGACGUUCUACAACAUGACCGUCCUUGGUCUCUGCAAUUUCGCUGCUCCGGGCAUCUGGGGAGCCAUGAACUCGCUCGGCGCCGGGGGUGCCGCGAGCCCGCAUCUGGUCAACACGGCCAACGCGCUCACCUUCUGCCUCAUGGUCGUCUCGUGCUACUUUUCCAGCGCUCUCGUGCACUACAUCGGUAUCAAGGGGGCGCUGAUCUUCGGAACAAUCGGCUACGCGCCGUACGCGGCGGGCCUGUACACGAACAACCGCUUCGGCACGGAGUGGCUGAUGCUGUUCGGCGCCGCGCUGUGCGGCAUCUCGGCGGGCGUCUUCUGGAUGGCGGAGGCGGCCAUCGCCAUCGCCUACCCGGAGCCGUGGAACCGCGGCAAGGCGCUCGGCUACUGGCUGACCUACCGCCUGAGCGGACAGAUCCUGGGCGGCGCCAUCAACCUCGGCCUCAACGCGGACCGCGACGAGGCCGGCAAGGUCUCGUACACCGUCUUUCUCAUCUUCAUCGCCCUCCAGGCCACCGGCCCGCUCGUCGGGCUGCUGUUGAACAGCCCGUCCAAGGUGGAGCGGAAGGAUGGAAAGAAGGUCAGCCUUGCGAUCCUGCAGAACCCGUGGUGGGAGAUCAAGGAGACGACAAGGCUGUUCUUCAGCAAGAACUUUCUCCUGCUCCUCCUCUUCAUCGGACAGGCCGUGUUUGCUGAAGCCGUGUUCUUCACCUACCUCGCACUGUGGUUUACCGUCCGGUCUCGCGCUCUUGGCUCCUUCUUGUCCGGCAUCGUGGCCGUGACAGCGGGUAAUAUCCUCGGGAACUGGCUUGACCGUACGAGGUUCUCGCUCAAACUCAGAGCCCGAUCGUCCUUCUGGACCAUUGUCACGCUCCAAGGAGCCUGGUGGAUAUGGGCCACCGUGCUGGUCACGCGGUUCCACCACACGCGACCGACCUACGACUGGUCCUCUCCUGGAUUCGGCAGCGCCUUCGCCGUGUUUGUCUUCCUGACGCUCGGCUUCCAGCUCAACUAUCUGUUCCUGUAUGGCAUUUCUCCGGCUACGGCCACCCCAGUGAGGUUUGCUUGAUAACUGGCUAGCUAACCGUGG